AUUAUAAUAAACUGCUAUCAGAAAAAAAAAGAUUUCUCGUCGCCCGAACCUCAGUUGUAUAAUGUUAAAACGAAAAAUCGAAGAGGAUUCUCUGAGCGAGAGCAGUCACGAAAGCUCAGAUAGUUUAGAUUCUGGCGACUCGCCGAAGAGCAAGUUACCGCGAAGAGUUCGCUUCUAUGAGCGGACUGUAUUUCACUUUCCACGGACUCAGGGUAGUAGCUGUGUGCCGUCUAACGGGGGAUAUACGCUAGGGAUGAAGCGGAAACAUUCGUUUGUGGAGAGUUUUAAAUUCACUGACUACGACGAAAAUCUUGAGCUGUGUUUUCAAAGCGAGAGUGACGAGGACGAAGAAGAUGACGAUGACCAUUCGUUUCUACCGAUUCCUCAGAAAACACGAAAGGCCAUCUUGAAAGAUGCCGGCGUGAAGAAAAUAAACAAACAAGAAGCGAGCGAAUGUAUGGAGAUACGGUACUCUAGACAAAUAUGUGGGUGUGAUUGCAAAACAUUCUGUGAUCCUGCGACUUGUAGCUGCUCUCUCAACGGAAUAAAUUGCCAAGUAGACAGGGAUAGUUUUCCUUGCGGGUGUACCAGGGAUGCCUGUCGAAAUCCCCAGGGAAGACACGAAUACGACCCGAUCUCCGUCAGACGACAUUUUAUAGAUACCGUGUUGAAGCUUCGGGGGCAGAAGUACAUUUGGGGAGAUCAAGCGACUAUUGAUGGAUCUACAAAACAAAGUGUUAUUUCUUUCGCCGUUUCUUGACCGUUUGGAAUCUGGUCUAAUAUAAUAUUUGUGGUUUGUGUUAAUGACAACACGGGCGUUGCUUGAUUCACAGUCAAGUGGCAUUAAAUAUAAAUUAUGACAAUGAAAUACCAUAGUAAAAUUAUUUUCUUUUUGUGUGGAUAAAGAAUAAGAUUACAGUUAUAGACUGAAUAAAUUCUACUGAAAUUUCUCGUUAAA